UGUCGACGUUCGUCGUUUGAUGAUCAUUCUCAGUCCGUUAAACCCUAAUAUCCCAAAUAAGCCAAAUCAUCUUGCUUCAAAACCUCGAAUUUCAAUCUCUGAUAUUCAUUUUCUUCUCACGAAUUAGUGUCAUAUAGAACUCAUAUAUAUCAAAGUCCACACACAGUCCUCUCAUUUCCCUUUCGCGCAGCCCACACUCCCAGUCCUCCCUCCCAUAAACCCCAUAAUCUCGUAGCAGAGCAUAAGCGGUGCAGCCCUACUCUGAACGUCGACCACGACGCGCCGACCCAGCAACUCUCCUUCACUCAAAUGGAGAUUGAUUCUGAUUUCCAUAAAAUGAAUAUCAAACCACAAGAAGAAGGCGACACAACGAUACCCAUGGACUCUGAAGGCUCUUCUACCGUUCAGAAUGACAAGGGUAAAGAAAAUGAGGAACUUACUAACUCAAUGAAGAAACUGCAAGUUGAGGAGUCAUCUUCGGGGCAGGCAGGGUCCAGCUUCAAGAAAAAACCAGUUAUUAUAAUUGUUGUGGGCAUGGCAGGGAGUGGUAAAACAACCUUUCUUCAUCGGUUGGUUUCUCACACACGUGAGUCCAACAUACGUGGCUACGUGAUGAAUCUCGACCCAGCUGUGAUGACUCUCCCAUUUGGUGCAAACAUUGACAUAAGGGAUACUGUUCGCUACAAGGAGGUGAUGAAACAGUUCAAUCUUGGACCAAACGGGGGAAUUUUGACCUCACUCAACUUGUUUGCUACCAAGUUUGAUGAGGUUGUCUCAGUCAUUGAGAAGCGAGCAGAUCAACUUGAUUAUGUUCUUGUGGAUACUCCUGGUCAGAUUGAGAUAUUCACUUGGUCCGCUUCUGGUGCUAUCAUCACAGAAGCAUUUGCUUCAACAUUUCCUACUGUGAUCGCUUAUGUGGUAGAUACACCUCGUUCAGCUAGCCCAGUCACUUUUAUGAGCAAUAUGCUUUACGCUUGCAGUAUCCUUUACAAGACAAGGUUGCCUCUUGUGUUGGCAUUCAACAAGAUUGACGUGGCCCAACAUCAGUUUGCUUUAGAGUGGAUGGAGGAUUUUGAGGCAUUUCAAGCAGCAGUGAGUACAGAUAGUUCAUACAGUUCAACUUUAGCUCAGAGCCUCUCCCUUGUGUUGGAUGAAUUCUAUAAGAACUUGCGGUCUGUCGGAGUGUCUGCGGUUUCUGGUGCUGGAAUGAAGGAUUUCUUUAAGGCCAUUGAAGCAAGUGUUGAGGAGUACAUGGGCAACUAUAAGGCUGAUCUGGAAAAGAGACGUGCAGAGAAGGAACGUUUAGAGGAGGAACACAGAAAGGAGAACAUGGAGAAGUUGAGGAAAGAUAUGGAGAAAUCCGGGGGAGAGACUGUGAUAUUGAGCACUGGUUUGAAGGACAAAGAUGAGAGGGGCAAAGCCAUGAUGGAUGAGGACGAGGAAGAAGUUGAAGAAGAAGAGGAAGAUGAGAUGUUUGCUGAAGAUGAGGAUGCUAUAGAUGAAGAUGAAGAUGAAGAGGUUGGCAGGUUCACCUUUUAGUGAUGCUUCGUUAAUGGCAGAUGUUUUUGGAACAAGACUUUGUGUAAGUAUUAACUAACUGGUUAUCAAGAUUUUGAUACUCGUUGGAAGCUAACGUUAAAAAAAAUAUAUAUUCUCUUUCUUUU